AUCGUCAUCUCGACCGGAUAACUCACUCAAAACCGCACGACAACCCCUUCUCCUGCCUCGACAAUACCGUUUCACUCUUUACCAACUUCGUGGCACACAGAUCGAAGCGUCCUGAGCUGUGAAGAUGCCCAGCGCCACGGGCCAGAACUGGGAGAAGUACCAGAAGAACUUCGCCGACGAUGAAAGAGAAGAGAAGAAGAUUACACCUCUCACCGACGAGGAUAUCCAAGUGCUGAAGACAUAUGGAGCAGCUCCAUAUGCAGCCGAGCUGAAGAAGCUCGAGAAGGAAAUCAAGGAUAAGCAGCAGACCAUAAACGAAAAGAUCGGUGUCAAGGAAUCAGAUACCGGACUUGCGCCGCCACACCUCUGGGAUAUCGCCGCCGACCGACAACGCAUGUCAGAAGAGCAGCCCCUCCAGGUUGCGCGAUGUACCAAGAUAAUAGCGGACGAGAAGGACCCCGAGAAGAACAAAUAUGUGAUCAACGUUAAGCAGAUCGCAAAGUUCGUCGUGAGUUUGGGCGAGAGAGUAUCGCCCUCGGACAUUGAGGAGGGUAUGCGCGUUGGGGUGGACCGGAACAAAUACCAGAUCCUGCUGCCGUUACCACCAAAGAUUGACCCUUCUGUCACGAUGAUGACAGUCGAAGACAAGCCGGAUGUGACAUACGGAGAUGUCGGUGGAUGCAAGGAGCAGAUCGAAAAACUUCGUGAGGUGGUGGAGAUGCCCCUCCUCUCUCCAGAGCGCUUCGUUAAUCUUGGUAUCGACCCUCCUAAAGGCGCGCUUCUCUAUGGACCUCCAGGAACCGGAAAGACGCUAUGCGCCCGAGCGGUCGCCAAUCGGACAGACGCCACAUUCAUCCGUGUCAUCGGAUCUGAACUUGUGCAAAAGUAUGUUGGAGAGGGUGCUAGGAUGGUUCGCGAGCUGUUUGAGAUGGCACGGACAAAGAAGGCAUGCAUCAUCUUCUUUGAUGAAGUGGACGCUAUAGGAGGUGCUCGUUUUGACGAUGGCGCCGGAGGCGACAACGAGGUACAGCGGACCAUGUUGGAGCUCAUUACGCAGCUUGACGGUUUCGACUCGCGCGGCAACAUCAAGGUCAUGUUCGCUACCAACAGACCUUCCACCCUGGAUCCGGCCCUCAUGCGUCCUGGCCGUAUUGACAGGAAGAUCGAGUUCUCCCUGCCGGAUAUGGAGGGCCGUGCCAACAUCCUCCGCAUUCACGCGAAGAGCAUGAGCGUCGACCGGGAUAUCCGUUGGGAACUCAUCUCGCGCUUGUGCCCCAACAGCACAGGUGCAGAGCUGCGGAGUGUGGCCACUGAGGCGGGCAUGUUUGCCAUCCGUGCCAGAAGGAAGGUAGCGACGGAGAAGGAUUUCCUCGCGGCCGUGGACAAGGUGAUUAAGGGCAAUCUCAAGUUCAACUCGACGGCUACGUACAUGCAGUAUAAUUAGAGGGUUAUGGAGUCAGGAGUGGAGGCGAGCGCCAUAGCGAAGGCUGUACGAUUACACGCCGUGUAAUGAGUUUAGAGAGUCAUAGCAGUCAUCCUGCCGUUUCUGGCGUUGGGUGUCAGAACAUCCUCAUUGAGCAGGUCAUCGUUUCUCCUUUUGCGUCUUCUUCAUAUAACCGGUUGCGUAGUUCGGCUGGACAGACCCAAGUGCGGAAAACACCAGAGCUCCCUUCACUAUGAGAUCCGAAUCAAAGUAUUGCACGAA